GUCACCAACACCAUUACCCAUUUCACCGUUCACAAUUUUGGCUUAAAUUUAAUAAAUACUAAUUUCUCAUCCCCUUUGCUUCGCCUUGACUGCCGGUCCCGGAGAUGUAUGAGCGAGCCAACUAAAGCGGAGUCUUCUUCCUCGUCGAGCCUUCCCCAGCAGAUUUCUUCAGGACCCCGUAAAAUAUUGGCGGAAUAAUCUUACGAUGAACAUCGCUGCUAAAGCAGCCAUUUCCAAUCUUCAAAGCACAUCUUUCCACCUUCGGACCGCCCUCUUUCAUUCUACCCAUGUCCUCGAACGCAAACGCCGCGGCUUCAACUUCAGCUACUCUAGACCAAACUUCAGCUCGAGGAGGCAUAGGAAGCUGCAUGGAAGAGAAGAACUAUUACGCAAUAUUAGGGCUUAUGCAGACUCCUUAUUUCAGGGUGUAAAUGAUGAUUUUGAGGAUGAAGAUUCAUCUUCAAGUAAAGGACCUUCAUGGUUUAGAAAUCAACAUUCUAGGGGACCCAAAAACAGCAAUGCUAGAAGCAAACGCUGGGGCAAAAGUAAGGACUCUAAGCUUCAUUUGUGCCUCCUUCACAGUUCGAUAAUUUAGAAAGGAUUUUUGCUAGUUCAAUGUAGUGCUUCUCAACUAUGUACUUAUCGUACUUUGAAUUAAGAGUUGACAACCAGUUGUCAAAUCAUUUAUCUUAUCUCUAUAUGAUUGAUCAUUGCCCUAUUUUGAAGCUGCUCAAAGAUUUACAGAAAAUAAUCAAUUUCCCUGUACACAGAAGGUUUUGAUUUUUGUGAAGAAGAUGUUGAAGUUGAAACCAUUUUCCGAUCUGCAUUUGGUGGUGACCGAAACUUCUAUUGGUCGUUCAUAAAUGAUGAGCAACCUCGGCGGAACCGAUCGUAUGAGCAUUUCUGGAGGCAUAGAAAAAUUCACGAGGAUGACGAUUACAAUUCCUCAUCAGAAUCCGAUGGUAGUUCGGAGUUAGAUUUGGUUUCAGAAAGACGUACCCUUGGACUGAGUGCUUCAGGUCCACUGAAACUUGAAGACGUGAAAACUGCAUACCGAACAUGUGCGCUGAAAUGGCAUCCUGAUCGCCACCAGGGUUCUUCAAAGGCUGUUGCAGAGGAGAAGUUCAAGGUGUGUAGCGCUGCAUAUGAAUCGUUAUGUAAUAAGUUGGGGAUGGCUUAAGGUAUGUGAAAAACGGAAUUGGGAGUAGUCAUCAGAAGGCGAGAACGCAGCCCAUAGAAAUUCACUACUUAGAGGCUUAGAGCCGAAAAUGCACCCCCAGAAAGUUACUACUUAGAGCAGAUAUUCUUUAACUAUUGAACCGCUAAAUAUAUGGUAGUACACAGCACUACUAGUCUAGUAGGUGAUCCAAUCAUAAGCCAGUUCAUGGGCAUUUGUAUUUUGUGUAACAUUUUCUUAAUUGACAUGGUUCUAUUCCAGGUUGCAUAAUCUUACGCAACCAGAUACCAGUAGUAAAAUUUUCCAAGUUAACGAUUUGUACAGGUU